AUGAGAGAUGUCCUUUAAAAAAUGAUGUUCCAUAAUUUUCAAUUCAUUUUGAUUAUCAUUUAUAUUUGCCUUAUGAAUACUAUUGUACUUGGUAUUCCAAAUGAACAUUAGAGAAAAGUGAUUGAAGAUUUAAAAAGAGAUGAUAAGUUAUAUGAUUUUCAUCCAAAUGAAAAAUUAAAUAAAAAGAUGAAGAUUGGACCUUAUCCAUAAGAUUAGAUUGAUUGCAAUUAAGUUUCAAUUUGCAAAUAUUGUAAAAGUAAUGAAGCAUACUUAAUUAAUACUAAAAAUAUACAUCUUAUUGGACUUCAUUUUGGAUACAAACAAGAAAUAUUAGAUUUAUUUCAAUCUUUAAAAUUUAUAGAUGAGGAUUCUGAAUUAUGGUUUGCAUUCUCUGAAAAAUCAAUUUGUAUAGAGAAAAGUUAAUUAUAAAUUGAUGUAUAUAUAUAAUUAUUUAUUUUAGAUAUCCCUUUACUCUAUAUUCAACUAAUAUUAAAUUCAGUAAAAUUCCUUUGAAGUAUUCCCUCAAUUAUUUUCCAUUCAAGACAAUAUUAAAUUGAACAACAUUAAAAUGAUGACUAAAUUUGAUAGAGAUAAUAGAAAUGAUUGGAAUUAUGAAAUUAUAUCUCUUAAUUAUACAGGAAGUUGUGAUUCUGAUAUUUUAUUUUGUGAAGAGUUUUAUUAAGAACCCUCUAAUGUAAUAUAAAUAAAUAUUUUUUAUAGGUUCAUCUGAGAGUAAAAGGAAAAUUAAAAAUAAAGGAAGAGAUUGGAUUUGAAAUAAUUGGAUAUAAAAAUAACAAAUAAAUAAAUAUAGAAGAUAUAGUAUUGCCAAAUUUAAUUUUUGAUUAAUUGAUUAAAUAAUUCUUUGGAGAUAGAUUUAUUGAAUAGAUUGAAUAUGAUAUGAAUAAGCAAUAUAAAAUAGAAGUUAUUGAGUCUCUUAAGGAUCAUAAACUUGAAUUAGAAUUAAUGAUAGAGGAGCAUUGA